AUGCCGGUGAGACGGGGCCAUGUGGCGCCCCAGAAUACUUUCCUGGACACCAUCAUACGCAAAUUUGAGGGACAAAACCGAAAGUUUAUCAUCGCCAACGCACAGGUUGAGAACUGUGCCAUCAUCUUCUGUAAUGAUGCCUUCUGUGGGUUGUGUGGUUACACCCGCGCUGAGGUGAUGCAGAAGCCCUGUACCUGUAGCUUCCUGUAUGGACCUCACACCAAGAGACCAGCGGUGGCCCAAAUGGCUAAAGCUCUGCUGGGAGCAGAGGAGAGGAAGGUGGAGAUUUCCCUCUACACUAAAGAUGGAGUGUGUUUCCACUGUGUGAUAGAUGUGGUUCCAGUGAAGAAUGAAGAUGGCCUGGUCAUCAUGUUCAUUCUCAACUUUGAGCUUCCCACUGACCACAGGCCAACCAACAGCUCUCCGGCUAGAGAUCUCAACAGAGUGCUGCAUAUCCCCUGGCUGACCUUGGCUCGGCGGCAGCGACUGCGUCUCCUCUUCCGCUCCUUUAGCUCCCAUACGGGCGUCCUGUCACAAGACACAGAGCUAAUUGCUCCUCAUGCUGACCUCCCGCCCCUUGGACAUGAGUCUGUGGCCCUGGACAAACUGCUUUCCCUCCCUGAAAGACAGCAGCUGGAGGAGGCGGGAGCUGGACUACUGCUGUGGGACAGAGACGGGGAGGAGGAGAAAGAAGAACGAGUAGGAAGAGGUGGAGAGAGGGACACCUUGGCCGCACUUAGGCGAAGGAGCGAGGGAGACAGAAAGAGACGAGAAGAAGGUGAUGCUUGUGGGCUGCUGGUUGAUAUGAAUGCAGGAGGUAGAGAAGGGAGAAGAGGGAGGGAACUCCCCACAGGUCGGCCCCCAGCUCCAGCCUCAGCACCCCCAACAGUGGCCCUGCCAGUCUACUCACAAGCUGCACAAAGGAGAGAGGAGAGAGGACGAAGCAGGGAUAAAGAUGAUAAGAUCCACUUCAACCAUCCUUCCGGCAGAUCAGAUGGCAGCUGUGUGAGUUUGAAACAUUCCUCCUCAGUGGAUGACAUCAAGAGUGGACAGGGCUACUGGGAAAAGAGGCUGCAGCUGAGACACAGCUGCACUGCUGGAAUAGUGACCAUUAGAAAGAGCAGUGUACCAGUCGGGACAUCAGACACUGAUUUGCGUGUCCAGAACAGCAACCAGAUGACCCAGAGCCUGCUGGACACAAAGACGGACCCCUUUGUGGCAUUACCUCCUGGUGAAAUUAGACCUCCAUGCAAACUGAUUGACAGAACACACCAUGUCACUGAGAAAGUCACCCAGGUGCUGUCUCUGGGUGCUGAUGUGUUACCAGAGUAUAAGCUACAGACUCCCAGGAUCCAGAAGUGGACCAUUCUUCACUACAGUCCAUUCAAAGCUGUGUGGGACUGGGUUAUUCUACUCCUUGUGAUUUAUACAGCCAUAUUCACUCCUUAUUCUGCAACAUUUCUACUGAGCGACCAGGAGGAAGCAGCCAUGCAGACCUGUGGUUACUCCUGUUCCCCCCUCAAUGUUGUGGAUCUUAUAGUGGACAUCAUGUUCAUUGUUGACAUCAUCAUCAACUUCAGAACCACAUAUGUUAACUCCAAUGAUGAGGUGGUGAGCCAGUCUUUUCGGAUUGCAGUCCACUACUUUAAAGGGUGGUUCCUUAUCGACAUGGUGGCAGCCAUUCCCUUUGACCUCCUCAUCUACCGCUCAGGAGAGGAGGUGGUUAGGGGAGGUGGAGAGGGAGAGACCACCACAUUGAUUGGCUUACUGAAGACAGCUCGGUUAUUGCGAUUGGUUCGUGUAGCCAGAAAGUUGGACCGUUACUCAGAGUAUGGUGCAGCUGUCCUCUUCCUCCUCAUGUGCACCUUUGCCCUCAUCGCCCACUGGCUGGCCUGCAUCUGGUAUGCCAUAGGUAAUGUGGAGCGGUCAACUUCUGCUGGGAUUGGCUGGUUGGACAAUCUGGGUGAGCAGCUGGGGAAGCCAUACAAUGACUCCGUCAGCAGGUCGGGUCCCUCCAUUAGGGAUAAAUAUGUCACAGCUCUGUACUUCACCUUCAGUAGUCUGACCAGCGUAGGCUUCGGGAACGUCUCCCCAAACACCAACUCUGAAAAGAUCUUCUCCAUCUGCGUCAUGCUUAUUGGUGCUCUAAUGUAUGCCAGUAUCUUUGGUAAUGUUUCGGCCAUAAUCCAGCGGCUGUACUCAGGUACAGCCAGAUAUCAUGCCCAGAUGAUGAGAGUUCGAGAGUUCAUCCGCUUCCACCAGAUCCCUAACCCCCUGAGACAGCGACUGGAGGAGUACUUCCAACAUGCAUGGUCAUACACUAAUGGGACUGAUAUGAAUGCUGUUUUAAAAGGUUUCCCCGAGUGUCUCCAAGCCGAUAUUUGUCUCCACUUAAACAGGUCACUGCUGCAGAACUGUAAAGCUUUCAAAGGAUCCACUAAGGGCUGUCUGAGGGCCCUAGCAAUGAGGUUUAAGACGACCCAUGCACCUCCUGGUGACACGCUAGUCCAUGCUGGAGACCUGAUAUCAGCUCUGUACUUCAUCUCCAGAGGAUCCAUAGAGAUUCUGAAAGGAGACGUGGUGGUAGCUAUACUUGGAAAGAAUGAUAUCUUUGGGGAACCCAUUGAUCUGUAUGUUCUGCCAGGAAAAUCCAGAGCUGAUGUCAGAGCUCUGACCUACUGUGAACUGCACACGAUACACAGGGAGGAUAUGCUGGAGGUCCUGGACAUGUAUCCUGAAUUUUGUGAAUAUUUCUGGUCCAACUUGGAGAUCACCUUUAAUCUCAGAGAUGUAAAUAAUGAAGCUGUUGGUUUCCUAAAUGGAGAAGUCUCUGAGUGUGAAGGAUUCAGUAAAGCAUUGAGGAAACGCAAACAUUCUUCCACAGGUGACAGCAUCUCAGCGACGAGACAGAGCGCUGCCUACAGAUGUAGACGUAAACACAGUAACUGGGAGCAGAAUGACGGCCACAACAAAAAUGAUCAUAAACAUACAAUAUAUGGCCAUGUGUUCUCCAGUGAGGAUGAAGGGGAGGAUACAGAAGUAACCAGGCCUGCUUACACCUCCAUGAUUCAGGCAGGUGUAAAGAUGCAUUCAAGGCACAUGAGAUAAAUGAGACAAAAAAAAGAAACUAAUGCAGUCUCAGGGGUAUCCGACAUCUUUUCAUUCUGGGGCUCAGAGAGUCGAGAGGGGCAGAGAUACCAGGAGGUGCCCUGCUCCCACAGCCUGCCUGACCCUCUUCCUCAGUCUGCCUCCCAGCAGCUCCCAGAAGUUCCCUCGUCUUCUCACUGUCCCUCUAGCCCUCCUAAUCUCCAUCCUCCUCUACCUGUUUUGUCUUGGAGGCAGAAGGUGGCAUUAGAGAAAAGGCUGGAGGUACUGCAGGGAGACAUUACCAGGUUGGAGUCUCGUAUAUCAGCAGACAUCAGUAUCAUCAUGCAGCUACUACAGAGGCAGAUACCAAUGAUCCCACCUUCCUACAGCACCCUGACAUCUACACCUAACACACCCUCCACCCCCAUCAUGUGUUCCACUGCUGCCUCUCUCACAGAAAAGUCCCCACCCGCCAACCCCCAGCGGCAACUGUCUGAUGAAGUCCUUCAACAACUUCCAGAAUAUAAGUCCCUCCAUUGUGAUUCCACUGUCCUCCAUUUUACAGGCACAACCCCCCUAACCCACGCCUCACCACUGAACACUUCCUUACAUCAGUCACUGAAUUCUUCAUCCAGCUUACCCCAGUACACCUCCACCUUUCCACCCCUGCCUCGAUCGUCAACACAGUCUUCCUCCUUUGUCCCUCCUCAAACAGAAAAUCCUUGUGUGUCAUCCUUACAUGCAUCGUCCCUACCCUCACCCCUCACCCCCCUAAUUCUCCAGCUCCCAGAGCAGAUUAAACAACCGACCCUUUCCUCCAGGAAACAGGGAUUACUCUCCGGCUCACAGGAUUUGGGCACAGACUGUGGGGACCAAUCCUCCAAACUUAGCCUGUGUACUGACAAUAAAUAUCUCCUUCAGUCAACAUCCUGCCAGUCAGAGCCUCACCGCCACACUGGAAUAAACCAAUCAGAUGAUGGGUUCCUGAGUCUCACACCCGCUCAGUGUAAUACAAAAGAGGCAUCUAGGCAAUCAGGAAAGCAUGGAAGCCAGCAGCCCGCGUCGACGCCAGGAGAUCCGGCAUCAUUAUGAACAGCAGGUAGCUGACUCAGCACUAUGGCUCCAACCCAGGAGGUCACCACGGGUGAAGAGGUCUGGUAUCUCAACACACUACAUAGAGUCAUCUCUAAAUUCUGUGAACAUUUUUCUGCAGGAAAAAGUGACAUGGAUGUAGUCAUCUGUCUGACAAAAAAGGGCAAACGUCCAUUUCUUUGUUUAGGCUCUGUGGUGACAUGCAGCCUAUGUAAACAAUCUAUAGGGCUUGGUCUAAAGCACAAGUAAGUUGAGAGCUCAACCGAGUUCAUUUUGCUGGUUGAAUAGCCAAUAAACUGGCGUCAAAGAGAAUAGCACAGUGUGAAGGGGUUGUAUUUAGACUGAAAGUCAUGGUUGUGUUUUGGGUGGAACAUAAAUUAAACCAAUCAGAUUGCAAUCUCCUAAUCCCUUUAAAAGCUGCUUGUGCCAGGACCUUGAACAUUGCUGUCCUCUUGGCAGAAGGACAAGGAUGUUGUCCUCUGCUGCUGAAUCCUCUGCCCUGCCAUUUCACAAUCAUCUGUCCCAUUAGACUGCAAAUGAAAAAAGACCCACAGAUAUUUAACCCUCCACUGUCAGUGCCCCUGGCCACACCUCAUUUUAAGACCAACAUGGCCAGGGUAGCACAGGUGGGUGUUAGUACAUUUGCUAUUCACACAACGUGGGUGCUGAAUGUGAAAAUGACGGCAUCAGUCUGAAACUAGUAAAGUCACUUGCGCAGUGCUGUGUGCAGCUAGAGCCCAUGGUGAGGUCCGUGUGACACAAAUAUCAUCUGUGUACCCUGUAUAUGUAUGGAUGUACUGUAAGAAUGGGUUCCUGGAGGGAGCCAGGAGGGAGGAGUGCUGAUAUUGGAAACACAGUGAGACCCACGAUUAUCGUAAUGCAAGUCAUGAAAAAACUUUUGAACCCAAUAAAUAAGUUGAAGUCUUUGCUGUGGGUAGUAGGACAGAAUGACAGCAGAAGCAGACAUUCAUGUAUUUGAAAAUAGGCUAACUUGACAGGUCAAUGACCUUGAUUUCCUCUGUACGGCUCCCGUGUGGCAUUUUAAAUAGCUUAAUGUCAUAAAUGUACUGUUUUCCCUUUAGAAUAGCCUUGUUUGAAUGAAUUUAUAUAGAAUCAUGUACUAAAUUGGUUUGUUGAGGUACCACUUAUGUACAUCAUCUCACCAUCAGGGACUAUGUGCUACAUCAUUUGUAUACUUAAAGCAACAUUAUGUAGAAUUUGGCAUUUUGUGUAAUUUGCUGUCCCCAACAGUUUCUGAGUGCAGCACCACUUUGGUAAAUACAAAUCCCAGGUGUGUAACAUUUGUCAGAAAAAUCGUGCUGUCUACAAAUAAAACUCAUGACAUCAUACCAGCAUCAUGAAAUCUUGUAUGUUGAAGUAAACAUCUACCCUUUCACUGAAGUGACAAUGCACAAACAAGUGACUGAGACAAUCGGUACCAUCAACAUGACUCUGAAAUUGGUUCAUUAAGGUAAAAAAGUUACAUAAAGUUGCUUUAAGUUUAAAGUUACUUUGUGUCAUUUGUAUGUUUGUAUAUGCUCUUGUAUUUUUUCUACUUACUAGAGACUGUUAAUGUGUUAACAUAUUCCCACUUUAGUCAGAUGAAGUGUAGGUUUGUUUAAAACAUCACAAAGUAGGUGCGUUAAAUAAUAAUAAAUAUUGGAGCCCUGCAACGUGCAAGCUAUUUUAAAUGGUAACCACCAAAACAAAGAGUUGUGUAUAUGUAUAAAUAAUAUAAAAGUUGUUCAGUGCUUUUACACCAGGGGUCGGCAACUGUUGCAGCAUAGGCACAGGGUAACUUAACCAAUGGCACACUAGUAAUAAGUGUGCAUGAGAGGUUUUUUGUUUUUUUUUGGAAAUAUUACAGUUCCCCCCCAUCUGCAUGCCAAAUGACCUUUUCUCACAGACAUUGGUAGUUGUGCCUGUUAUUUACGGUAGU